AUCACAUUGGGUAUGCCAGAGGACGGCGUGCUGGAAUUUAACCUCUAAACGCAGAGUAUUGACCAGAGAUACGUUCACCUAAUUGCCAGGCUCAUGCUGGACCUUGUCCAAUAGCACGUAUUCAUAUGAAUAUAUAUAUAACAAACACUUAAAUGAACGAGUGGGUAACCAAACCCAUCCAAUUAUCUGGCAAGCCAUAAGAGCACUAACGAAAUGCUGGGGAACAGUCAAAGGAUAAAAUAUAUCCUAAGUCUAGUUCCCGGCAAGCGCCGGUUUGGGACAUACAGAUUUUUACCUUUCUUUUUCUGCUUAGGAGGAGUAAUGGAGUGGAUUAUGAUCAACGUGAGGAUUGGAAAAGAAACCUUCUACGAUGUAUACCGGAGAAAGCAGUCUGAGAGGGAAUACCAGCGGAGAAUACAGGACGGACUGAUUUCAAUCCCAGAUUCAGUUAAUAAAUGAAGCCCGUCAGAGACCCGUCACGGUGUGAUUACUGCGACAGCUGUUGCUGACUCAGUCGGCUUUCUCUGUUCGUUCCAAUGAUUGUGAUCAAAUGAACUUGGGUGCCCAGAACAACUUAAUUCAAUAUAUCUCAACCCUAAGUACGAUCACUGACAAUUCAACCCACUGCACUUAACUGAUUUAAAAUUUCUCCCAUCGUAGCCAGUGGUAACAGAUCUCAGUACUAUUAUUGUCAUUAUAAAUUUAUCGUAUUUAGAAAACGGGAUUGUGCAAAAUAACUCCGUAUCUUACCGUAUAUACAAUUGUUUGUUGAGACGGUGGAGCUAUUGUUAAUAAACCCGCCUCUAACAAACUCCA